AAGAACGCAAACAAAAUCUUAUAGAAAAAAUUGUACAAAAAUAUGCACAAGACUUAUCUCCUGGUCAGAAAGUCAAAAGUGGUGAUUUCGUGACAAUUCAACCUGAACACGUAAUGACCCACGACAAUACAGCUGCAAGUAUUGGUGCACAAAAGAUUAAAUUUCCGAAGCAAUGUGUAUUCACUCUUGAUCACGAUGUUCAAAAUAAAUCUGAAAAGAAUUUAGCAAAAUACGCGUCCAUCGAAGAAUUUUCAAAACUUCAAAAUGUUGAUUUUUAUCCUGCUGGACGUGGAAUUGGCCAUCAAGUUCUUAUCGAAGAAGGUUACGCGUUCCCGUAUACCAUGACUGUAGCAUCUGAUUCUCAUUCUAAUAUGUAUGGUGGAAUUGGCUGUUUGGGAACACCUAUUGUUCGAACUGAUGCUGCUGCGAUUUGGGCUACUGGUAAAACUUGGUGGCAGAUACCUCCUGUUGCGAAUGUGGAAUUUAAAGGGCAGCUACAAAAUGGUGUAACUGGCAAGGACAUUAUAAUUACUUUGUGUGGAAUGUUUAAUAAUGAUGAGGUCUUGAAUUGUGCGAUUGAAUUUACCGGUGAUGAAAGUAUUCGUGGAAUAGGUUUAGAAGAUAGAUUAGCAAUUGCUAAUAUGACCACCGAAUGGGGUGCAUUAGCUGGUGUUUUUCCCGUUGAUGAAAUUACUAUUCAAUGGCUCAGAAAUAGGGUUGACAAAUUAGAACUUUCAAAAUUCGAAAAUAAAAAUUUGAAACUUACAUCGUCUGAUCGACCAUUUGAACAUCCUAGGAUUAACCAUUCAAGAAUUGAUUAUAUUGAAAAAAAUCCUAUACAACCAUCUCCGGGUGCAUAUUAUGCAAAACAUUUGACCUUGGACCUUUCAACAGUUUCGCCAUAUAUUUCUGGUCCUAAUUCUGUCAAAGUUUCAACAUCCCUUGCUGAACUUGAAAAAAAAAAUAUCGCCAUUCAUAAAGCAUACCUUGUAUCAUGUGUUAACUCUCGCGCAGGGGAUUUAAAAGCCGCUGCUCAUGUUAUUAAAGGAAAAAAAGUGGCAGAUAGUGUUGAGUUUUAUAUAGCAGCUGCAAGCAGCGAAGUACAAAAAGAUGCAGAAGCGAGUGGUGAUUGGCAAACACUCGUCAAUGCGGGCGCAAGGACUUUACCUGCUGACGGUGAAGUUGGUAUUUCGGCAACUAAUAGGAAUUUUAAAGGUCGAAUGGGGUCACCAAAUGCGUUAGCCUAUCUUGCUUCUCCAGCUGGAAAGAUCGCUAAUCCAGCCUAUCUCUCUACUUCAUCACCACCAACACCAAAAAUAUCUUAUACCCUCAACCCUCCUGAUGAGUAUAUCGAAAAUUCAACGAUCAGUAAUGAUUCAAUUGUACCAGGAUUCCCAGAUACUAUUAAAGGACAAUUAUUAUUUUGCCCAGCAGACAAUUUAAAUACAGACGGAAUAUAUCCUGGCAAAUAUACUUAUGUGGAUGAUUUUCCAGUCGAGAAAAUGGCCAAAGGUGACAUUCUGGUUGGAGGAUUUAAUUUUGGGACAGGAUCAUCUCGAGAACAAGCUGCCACUGCAAUUAAAGCUUGUGGCGUAUCACUUCUUAUAGCUGGUACUUAUUCUCAGACAUUUAAACGGAAUUCGAUAAAUAAUGCCUUGAUUUGCCUUGAAUCACCUGAACUUGUGGAACUUUUAAAAAGUUCUUACAAGCUAGAUGAAAAAACCAUAUGCACACAUUUAGAUGUCGAAAUUAAAUUUGCUGAAGGUAAGGUAUUGGUUAAAGGUUUGAAUGGUGUGGAUAAUGAAUUUAGGGUUGGUGUAUUAGGAAGAAGUGUUCAAGAGAUAUGGGUAGCUGAAAUAGCACUAAGUGGACCCGUUAAACCAAGAACUAUCGAAUUAGCUUCCAACUCUUUAUUAAGAAAUAAUAAUAAGAAUGCGUUACUCAUGGCAAAUGCAGUCCCCAUUAGUAACAUGAUUAUUAAUAAAGUCACUACUGAAGGAUUGGUAAGUAACGUCUUCAUUGACGAAGUAGGAUUGCUUGCAAAUGAGGCAGUAGGAAGAUUAAGCGAUGUUGGUGGAAAUGCCAAAAUAUCUAG